GCGCACCAUUUUCCAAAAACCACACCUACACCUUCCUGCUUCUUAGCAUAGCACAGCAUAGCACAGCAUAGCACAGCACCCCCUUUGCCAUUAGAGAAAGGCUGCGCAUACUAUUCUUUUCUUCUGUGUGCAUCUACCUACGCCUGCGUCCAUCUACAUCUACACCUACAGUCUAUCGAGACUCCCAUCGGAAUCAUCGGAAAGGAACCCGACCGGACGGACCAACAUGAAAAUCCAAAUCUUCCUUGCGACGGUGCUCACCGCCUUCCAAUUCGCCGUCGCCCUCGUAGCGCCCGAACACCACAUCGUUGAGCGCAUCGCCCGCAACGAGCACAACUCUGAACUGUGGAAGCGCAAGGGCGGAGGCGGUGGUGCUCGCGGGGGCGGUGGCGGCGGUGGAGGCAACCGUGGAGGAGGUGGCAGCAGCAACGGCGGUCGCCCUCCCAACACGGGCGGUUCCCAGGGCGGACGCACCGUCAGCGGCAGCGGUCCCCAGCCCAGAUUCGGCGGCGGUCGCUACUACGGAGGUGGUGCCGUGGCCCCCUACCGCGCCGGCAACCGCAGCCCUGUCGGCUUCAUCGCGCCCUUUGUCCUCGUCGGCGCUGCCGCCCUCUACUUCUGGCCCGGCAGCUGGUACGGCCACCGCGUCCAGCACUACGAGUUCAACAACACCCACACCUUCUUCAACGAGUCGGCCAACGAGAACCAGACCAAGCCCGUCAUCUGCGGCUGCAUCGAGGAACUGCCCUGCGGCUGCGACGAGCCCCAGGACCGCGGCGACCGCGACGCCUUCCUCAACGAGCUCAUCGGCAACGGCUCGUACGCCGCCCUCAACAAGUCGGUCAUUGAUGUGGGCGAGCGCGACGGCAGGAGCACCAUCCUCCUCAACGGCACCCUGCCCAACGACACGACCCUCGCCGACGCCAACGCCGAGAGCGCCGCCGUGCAUGCCGUCGUGCACAAUGUCGGCUGGUGGCCCAUGGCCGGCGCCGCGCUGGCCGCCGUCUUCAUUGCAUAG